AACUUCACUUUUGUUAUGGAAUUUAAAAGUAGAUAAAAAAUAUCAUGCAUAUUUUCACGUUUUUAUAACUAUCUUAAAAAAUGUUUAAGUUUAAUUUUAACUCAGACGAUAACGAUGAUAAUAGAGACGAUUUGAAGAUUAAAGAUGAUAGUGCCUGUUUUGUGGAAUGUCAGGAAAUACAAUCUUCAACAAAUCGCCAUUAUGAUUUAAAGAAUGUCAGAACGAAACUUCUAAACAUAAACAACACAAAUAUCAAAUAUAUUUGUAAUGAAUCUUUACUGGAUAUUUUAAAAACUAAUCAACAUUUAAGUGAAGAUUCCAUAUUAAAAGCUGAAGAAAAACACUCUGAUCUAUUACCAGCAGUAUACGAAGGUGGUUUAAAGAUAUGGGAAUGCACUUAUGAUCUCCUGGAUUAUAUAUCAGAAAACCAAGUGGAUUUUAAAGAUAAAUUGGUUUUGGAUUUAGGAUGUGGUGCUGGAAUUUUAGGCAUACAUAGUUUGCUACACCAAGCACAGUGUUGUUGGUUUCAAGAUUAUAACAAAGAUGUUUUAGAAAAUAUAACCAUACCGAAUAUUGAGUUAAAUUGUAAAGAAUCACUGGACAGAUGUAGGUUUUUCUCUGGAGAUUGGCAUUCUUUUGUAGAAUAUUCAGAAAAGAACUACCCAGAGGCAAAAUUCGAUUAUAUCCUGACUUCUGAAACGAUAUACAACACUGGUUAUUAUAUGAAGCUGCACUUAGUGUUUGAAAAGUUACUUGCCAAAAAUGGUGUAAUACUUUUGGCCGCCAAAUCAUUCUAUUUUGGAGUGGGAGGUGGAGUGCAUCUUUUUCAAGAUUUUGUGGACAGCAAAAAAGUUUUUAAACAUACCAAUUGCUGGCAGAGUACAGAAGGUGUGAAGAGGGAAAUUUUAAAACUAGAAUUUAUGUAAUAUUUUUUAUACUAUCUUAAAUAAACUAUAGUAUGUUUUUGAAAGCUACUCUAAUAACCCUUUUGUGAACUCUCGUGGUUUACUAUUUAUAUAUUCUUAUUUGAAUUUAUUUAUUUUUUUAAUAUAUUUUAUAAAUGUA